AAGUAAUCGUAAUGAAAAUAUAACGUAACCUUUUGAUAUAAAAGCAUAUAUGCAGUAUACAAAAAUUAUUCCCUUCAAAGUGCUUGAAGAAAAAUAGGUAAAAUGGCCGCCAAAAUGAUUGUUGCUUUCUGCGCUUCGACUCUUGUCAUCCAGAGUGUAUACAGCCAGUGCUUAGGUCGUGGCCUCGGUCCGCUCGGGCCUGGCUGGGCAUACGACGGCCUGGCUCCUUUCGAUGCUUAUGGAGCUGCGUGGGGAGGAUUUGGUCCCAUGGGACCUGGUCUCGCAGGUAUCGCACCGGCCACUGGUCUUACUGCAUCAUACGGUGGUGGUCUUGCUGUUACUAGCGCAUCGCCCAUUUCACCCACCGGUCUGUCCGUCACCUCUGAGAACGCGAUUGAAGGUACGCUUGCCGUGAUCGGCCAGCUGCCUUUCCUGGGCGCGGUGGCUACUGACGGCGCGUUCCCCACCGUGGGUGCUGGUGCUGUAUCCUACGGCUGCGGAGACGGCGCUAUCGGCAUCGUGGCUGAGGCUCCUAUCGCCCCAGCCCCCGCCGCCAUCGCUCCUGCCAUGGGUCCUAUCGGCUACGGUCCAGCGAUGGCCACCGGAUACGGUUACAAUGGUUUUGCCCCUAGAAUGGGACUUGGAGGAUGCGGUGCGAUCUUCUAAAAUUGUUUUUAUGAUUAGUUUUAGUUAAUAAACAUGUUGAUAUUUUUAUAAA